CCGUCUUGUUGCAGUCACCUUUCAUCCUCUGGGUUUUGCAGCAAGAAAAUCAUUGCAUUUGUUCUUUCCCUUUGGAUCGCAGCACGAACACCAGAAAAAAGACAAAACAAACAGAAAACAUCGAAAACGUUUUCGCCAAAAAAAAAAGAAGUUGUAUUAAUCUUGAGCGUAAAUGAAAUCCGUACAGAUUAUUUUCUGAAAAACUCACAAAAUUCAACAACUUCCUAACCAACUUUUUGUUUCGUUCGACGCCUGUACCGGAUCGGGCGGAGGAGGUUAUGCUAUUGUUGUUGCGAUCAGACGGUGGGGGAGAGAAGCUGGGGAAUUGGCGAGGAGGAAACGGCGUCGGAUUGACAAUGGAAUUGCUGUGCGCGACGAGGAACACUGGAGACCUAUGGGCUCGGGGAAUCGGAGGAGGUUUUAGCCAUGAGAGCGAGCAUGAUUUGGCGCUCAUGGUUAGCGAUUUUCUUGAAAAUGGAAGCGGGGGCACUGAUUCUCGCUGUAGCAGCGACUCCGAUUCCGGCUUCUCCGAUCUCGCUCACCUCGCAGAUAAAAUUUCCUUUUAUAAGCAUUCUGUGCCACGGUAUGAGAUAGACUUGAUGUCGGUGGUUAAUUCUCUCAUAUUAUCGUUUAAAGAGACGGAGCUUCACGUUACCAAGUCAGGCCAAUGUAACGGCAGUUGCAUUAGGUCUUCACUGGUAAAGCUCUUGAGACUUUCCGGUUAUGAUGCUGCUGUGUGCUCGACGAGGUGGCAGGGCAGUGAUAAGGUGCCAGGAGGUGAUCAUCAAUAUAUUGAUGUGCUAAAUUACAAUAAUACGGCGACUUCUGAGCGUUUGAUAAUUGAUAUCGACUUUCGAAGCCAUUUUGAAAUAGCUAGAGCUGUUGAUUCUUAUGAUAGAAUAUUGAAAUCCCUCCCAGUUGUGUAUGUGGGGUCUUUGGUAAGGUUGAAACAGUUCCUUCAAGUUAUGGUCGAGGCGACAAGAUCUUCUUUGAAUCAAAAUUCAAUGCCUCUUCCUCCAUGGAGAUCUCUCGCUUACUUGCAAGCCAAGUGGCAGUCCCCGCACCAGAGAUUUUAUGAACCAGAUGAGCAGAAUAUCAAUGACAACUGCUCGUUUGAUUAUACACAGUGCAGAGGACACUUAAAAAGGCUGCAGUCUUCUCUGCAUUCUGAAAUUGAUACAGAGCGAUUUUUGAAGCCAAUAAACAGUGAUAAUAACUGGAGGUUGAAAAUUGAGAGGCAUCGGCAUUCCUUGUUGAGACCCCUUUGAGAGAUAUAAAUUUUGACCGUGGAAAUGCAAGUUCCUUGUGAGAGUGUAAUUCUAUUGCGGCUUUCUUUCUUUCCAGUGAUUUGUUUUCAACAUAUUGAAUAAUUGAGAACCAGCGCAAAUUGAAGGUUCAGAUGAGCAGACACUGCUAACAAUAUCAAGCAGUAUGUUAUCUUUCAUUAUUUCUUUUUGUGUUUCCAAUAAUUUUCCGGAGCUGCAUAUGCAUUUUCUUUAUGCCAAAUUGAAUCUACAGUAAACCAACUAGUUGGGUUGGUGCCACUGUUAGCGAAUUGUUCACUAGAUUUUUUCUGGGUUUUGCGUUUUUAAUGUCAUCUUGAAUGUAUUCCUCGCCCGUUAUUAUAUGGGUUUUGGAAAGUUUUGCAAUUAUAAU